AUGUCUUUAAAUUACAUAAAGAACUUCUAUGAGGGAUGUCUUCGUCCUCCAACUGUGGUUGGUCAGUUCCACACUCUGUUUUUUGGUUCUGUACGCAUGUUCUUCUUGGGAGUUUUGGGAUUUGCGGUUUAUGGGAACGAAGCUCUUCACUUCAGCUGUGAUCCAGACAGAAGAGAGCUCAACCUUUUCUGUUACAAUCAGUUUAGACCUGUAACACCCCAGGUGUUUUGGGCUCUUCAGCUUGUGACUGUUCUGGUUCCAGGAGCCAUGUUCCAUUUUCACGCAGCGUAUAAAAACAUAGACCAAGAGGACAUUCUGGAAUGUCCAACAAUUACCGUGCUUUACAUCAUCUCUGUCCUCCUGCGAAUCGUCCUGGAAGUUGCAGCGUUCUGGCUUCAGAGUCGACUCUUCGGGUUCCUGGUUCAUUCUCAGUACUUCUGUGAGGCGAGUUCACUGGACAAGACUUUUAACUUUACCAAGUGCAUGGUGCCCGAGCAUUUCGAAAAGACCAUCUUCCUCAGCGCAAUGUACAUCUUCACCAUCAUCACUAUGGUUUUGUGUGUGGCAGAGAUCUUUGAAAUACUGAGCAGAAGACUCGGCUAUUUAGCCAAUCAGUGA